CAAACGUUACCUGUAAAUUCCUUGACCACUGGUCAUUUGAGAACAAGUGAGGGGAAUAGGUGUGGGGUGUUCGAGGGAGUGAUCAUAUUGAUUGGGUCGAGUGCUGGGCAGUGCCAAGUCCUUCCCCUGCCCAGCCAUGGCACGGCCAUUGAAUAUGGACUCACUCCAACAGAAUUUCUGGAAAGAGGAGUACGGGAAGGAGAUGAUGCUCCGCUACAAGUGGCACCAGAAGUAUGGGGCCAUUGUCAAGGCCAAGCAGGCCAGCCAGCGGGAACGGCACAAGAGGGCCAUUGACAACACCCUCCGGCUCCCUUCGGUCAAGGCUCCUCCGCCUGUGAAGCCCAAAUCUCCUCCCCCGCCUCCCUCUCCUCGGGUGCCAGCCCGGGAGCGUGACCUGACCGGACUGGACACCAUGAUCUUGGAGGCUGAGAUGAGGCCAGUGCCUCGGGAAGUGAGGGCCCUCUUGUACCAGGGCAUCUCCCACGAGGAUGAAGGGCGUUACCGCUACUUGAAGACCCGGCUUCUUGUCAACCCAGAGGACAAGUACACAUUUCCGGUCACCUCCAGCUUCAACUAUGGGUGGCAGAUGGGGAAGAUGGCCACUCUCCAUGUGGCUCCUACGCCAAAGUGCCGCAUCGACAGCUUCUACCGCAAGAAUGGGGCCUUCUCCCUGCUGCACCCACGGGACGUGGCUCUCUAAGCCAGGCGUGCUACUCUGAUGGCUUCCUUGUUCGUGAACAAAGCCCACAAUUUCUUCUA